AUUGAACUCUUGACUGACGGUCAGAAACUAAAAAUUUAUUGACACCAUUAAAGACAAUCACCGAAGAAAAAGAUGUUAAAAGUUAAAAACAGAGGACAAAUAUAUACCAACCCCAGUUACGUUCUUCUUACAACCAAGUUAAUACAAAGUCUCUCCGCCUCAGUCGACUCUAACUUGAUAUCAAGUUCUUGUAACUGUGUUUGAGGAGCUAAAAUGGCCAAAUAUCCUUCGCAUUUUAUCUCGAUUUUGCUAUUCUGUUGCUGGGUAGCAGUGUCAAAUGCCAAAUACACGAUAUAUCAAGAUUCCAAACAGCCAAUAAACAAGAGAGUCAAGGAUCUUUUGAGCAGGAUGAGCUUGAAGGAAAAAGUCGGACAGAUGACACAAAUUGAACGAGAAGUAGCAUCAGCUGAUGUUAUGAAGAAGUAUUACAUAGGCAGUGUACUAAGUGGUGGAGGUAGUGUCCCGGGCCCACAAGCGUCGGCUGAGAUGUGGGUUGAUAUGGUGAAUGGUUUUCAAAACGGUUCGUUGUCUACACCUCUCAAGAUACCAAUGUUAGAGCCUCAACUGGUGAAAAGAAUAGGUAGCGCGACGGCUCUUGAAGUCAGAGCUACAGGCAUUCAAUACGCUUUUGCGCCUUGCGUUGCGGUUUGUAGAGAUCCAAGAUGGGGCCGUUGUUACGAAAGUUACGGUGAAUAUCCAGAGUUGGUUCAAAACAUGACUGAAAUUAUACUUGGAUUGCAAGGCGAUAUACCUGCAAAUUAUACCAAGGGAGUCCCUUUUGUUGAUGGCCCGGAAAAGGUUUUGGCAUCGGCCAAACACUAUGUGGGGGAUGGUGGGACCACAAAGGGCAUAAACGAGAACAACACGAAUGUGAGCCCGCGCGAAUUGGAGAGCAUCCACAUGCCACCUUACUUGGACUCCAUCAGCAAAGGCGUGGGGACAGUGAUGGUAUCAUACUCGAGCUUGAAUGGCGUCAAAAUGCAUGCCAAUCGUAAACUCAUAACCGACUACCUCAAGAACAAGUUGAAAUUCAAGGCAAAUUUUGAAUUCAUUGUGAUUUUACUUUUUCAGGGAUUUGUCAUUUCGGACUGGCAGGGAAUAGACAAAAUCACUUCUCCCCCUGGUUCGAACUAUACGUACUCGAUUCUUGCUAGUAUCAAUGCUGGCAUUGACAUGAUUAUGGUUCCAUACAACUACCAAGAGUUCAUUGAUGGCCUAAUCUCAUUAGUAAAGAAAAACUUCAUUCACAUUACCCGAAUAAACGAUGCGGUGACAAGGAUUCUAAGAGUCAAAUUCACGAUGGGUCUUUUUGAGAAUCCAUUGGCGGACUACAGCAUGGCCAAGUACCUCGGGUGUCAAGAACACAGGGAACUGGCAAGGGAAGCAGUAAGAAAAUCACUCGUGCUGUUAAAGAACGGUAAAUCGACCGGUAAACCAUUGUUGCCGCUUCCUAAAAGAGCAUCAAAGAUUCUUGUUACCGGGACCCACGCUGACGAUAUUGGCAACCAAUGUGGCGGCUGGACUAUACAGUGGCAGGGACAGCCAGGCAAUAUUACAGCCGUCGUGGUGGGUGAGCCGCCUUACGCGGAAACAUCCGGAGACAGCAUGAACCUGACCCUGCCCGAGUCAGGAACUGCCCUAAUAAGCAAAGUUUGCGGCUCGAUAAAAUGCGUGGUGGUCUUGAUUACGGGUCGCCCGGUUGUUAUUGAGCCGUAUCUGACUCAAAUGGAUGCCCUUGUGGCGGCUUGGCUUCCGGGGACAGAAGGACAAGGCGUGGCAGAUGUUCUGUUUGGAGACUAUGGAUUUACGGGGAAAUUGCCGCGAACGUGGUUCAAGACGGUGGACCAGCUGCCGAUGAAUGUGGGAGAUGACAAUUAUGACCCAUUGUUUGCUUAUGGGCUUGAGGACCUAAAAAUGGCAAAAGCUCCACCUCUAUUGUUGUCGAUUUUGCUGUUCUGUUAUUGGAUAGCAAUAUCAAAUGCCGGUUACGCACUAUAUCAAGAUUCCAAACAGCCCAUCUCCAAGAGAGUCGAGGAUCUUUUGAGCAGGAUGAGCUUGGCGGAAAAAGUCGGUCAAAUGACACAAAUUGAACGAGCAGUAGCAUCAGCUGAUGUUAUGAAGAAGUAUUACAUAGGAAGUGUGCUUAGUGGUGGAGGUAGUGUCCCGGGCCCACAAGCGUCGGCUGAGAUGUGGAUUGAUAUGGUGAAUGGUUUUCAAAACGGUUCGUUGUCUACACCUCUCAAGAUACCAAUGUUAGAUCCUCAAUUGGUGAAGAAAAUAGGUGCUGCAACGGCUCUGGAAGUCAGAGCUACAGGCAUUCCUUAUGUUUUUGCCCCUUGCAUUGCGGUGUGUAGAGAUCCAAGAUGGGGCCGAUGUUAUGAAAGUUACAGUGAAUAUCCAGAGUUGGUUCAAAACAUGACUGAAAUUAUACUUGGAUUGCAAGGAGAUAUACCUGCAAAUUAUACCAAGGGAGUCCCAUUCCUAGCUGGCCAGAACAACGUAUUAGCAUCAGCCAAACACUAUGUUGGCGAUGGUGGGACCACAAAUGGCAUAAACGAGAACAACACGAAUGUGAGCCCGCGCGAAUUGGAGAGCAUCCACAUGCCACCUUACUUGGACUCCAUCAGCAAAGGCGUGGGGACAGUGAUGGUAUCAUACUCGAGCUUGAAUGGCGUCAAAAUGCAUGCCAAUCGUAAACUCAUAACCGACUACCUCAAGAACAAGUUGAAAUUCAAGGGAUUUGUCAUUUCAGAUUGGGAGGGAAUAGACAGAAUCACUUCUCCCCCUCAUUCCAACUAUACGUAUUCAAUUCUCGCUGGUAUCAAUGCUGGCAUUGACAUGGUCAUGGUUCCAAACAACUACACAGAGUUCAUCGAUGGCCUAACCUCAUUGGUGAAGAGAAACUUUAUCAGCAAAACCCGAAUAGAUGAUGCCGUGAGAAGGAUUCUGCGGGUCAAGUUCACGAUGGGUCUGUUCGAAUACCCAUUAGCCAACGAUAGCAUGAUCAAGCACCUGGGAAGUCAGGAACACAAGGAACUAGCAAGGGAAGCUGUAAGAAAAUCACUUGUGCUGCUAAAGAAUGGCGAAUCUGCAGAUAAAAGACCAAUUUUGCCGCUUCCUAAAACAGCAUCGAAGAUUCUAGUGGCCGGGACCCACGCUGACAAUAUCGGUUACCAGUGUGGUGGCUGGACGAUCAAAUGGCAGGGACAGUCUGGGAAUAUUACAUCCGGGACCACAAUCUUGACAGCAAUCAAGAACGCAGUCGAUAAAAACACGCAAGUCGUUUUCAGCGAGAACCCACCUCCCGAAUUACUAAAAUCACACAAUUUCUCGUACGCCAUUGUUGUUGUAGGGGAGCCACCAUAUGCCGAAACUUUUGGAGACAACCUAAAUCUGACUCUUCCAAAUCCAGCACCCGCCAUUAUCAAAAACGUUUGUGGCUCAGUCAAAUGCGUAGUUGUUCUGAUCACAGGCCGGCCAGUCGUGAUAGAGCCGUAUCUAUCAGUAAUCGAUGGCCUUGUGGCGGCUUGGCUUCCGGGAACCGAAGGCCAUGGUGUUGCAGAUGUAUUGUUUGGUGACUAUGGUUUUGGUGGGAAACUUCCACGCACGUGGUUCAAGACUGUCGAACAACUCCCGAUGAACUUUGGUGAUGAGCAUUAUGAGCCCUUGUUCAGUUUUGGAUAUGGGCUCACAACUGAUUCCAUGAAGGGCAGCAACUAA